AUGGAAGUUAAAGGGUGUCUAGAUAAACAAAUUUGGGGAUCAUCUAAUUUCCAAUGUGAAGUAGUUGACCCAGUGGGAUUGUCAGGAGGAAUUGCUUCUCUUUGGGACCCCACUUUAUUUAGAGCUGCAGAUGCUAUAAAAGGUGCUGGUUUCCUUGCUAUUAAGGGGUUGUGGUUAAAGUUAAAGAAGAAAUGUAGUUUUAUUAAUAUUUAUGCCUCACAGGAGCCUAAUGAAAAGAAGAUCCUAUGGAAUAGACUUCAUGAUCUUAUUACAUCUGAUCCUCAAUGUAUGUGGUUUGUGUUUGGCAACUUUAAUGCAGUCCGUUUUCCUGAGGAGAGGCUUGGGUCAAUAUUUUGCCCCAAUGGAGCAUAUUUCUUCAAUAAAUUCAUAUAUUCUGCUGGCCUAUUGGAAAUUAAGAUGGGCGGUCGUCGUUUCACGUAUAUGAGUUCAAAGGGCGAUAAACAUAGCAAGUUCUUUAACUCAUGGCUGAAAGAGCCUGGUUUUGAAGAGGUACUUAAGGUUGGAUGGUCCAUUCGUGAAAAAUCAGGAAGCUGUUUACAGUUAUCUCCACUUUCUCUUGUCGCUGGAAAACUAAAAAACUUGAAGGAACACAUUAAAAAAUGGAGGAAAGUACUCAUAGAGAAAAAUAGAAAAGAAAUUGAGGAGCUCACCAACAAAAUAAACUCCAUUGAUUUACAGGCGGAGGAGGGUAAUGUAAAUGAUGAGUUAAUAAAGUGCCGCCAGGAUGCAUAUCUAAAAAUUAUGGAAUUUGAAGCAAGACACAUUGAGGAUUUAAAACAAAAAUCAAGAACAAGGUGGGCACUAGAAGGAGACGAGAACAACAAAUUUUCUCAUGGGCUGAUCAAUAUACACCAAAGAUCACAGAGGAUAAAUGGUCUAAAAGAUAAUGGGUUUUGGAUUAGUGAUCCUGAUCAAAUUAAACAAGUGGCGGUCAAGCAUUUCUCUGAAAGAUUCAGUGAGCCAAUUCGAUCAAGACCUAAGUUUAAUAGCCCUAAAUUCAGGAAAUUACUUCCUAGCACGGCUAUACUUCUGGAGGAACCAUUCACUUUAGAAGAGAUCAAGUCGGCUAUAUGGUCUUGUGGUUCGGAUCGGGCACCUGGUCCAGAUGGAUUCUCUUUUGCAAUGUUAAAGAGGCACUGGGAUACGAUUGGAAGCGAUUUCUAUUUUGCUUUAAAGCAUUUUGAAGCUACCGGAUGUAUUGAGAAAGGAUGCAAUUCAUCUUUUAUCUCACUUGUCCCCAAGAUACAAGACCCAAUUACUAUAAGUGAUUUUCUCCCUAUUAGUUUAAUCGGCUGCUUAUACAAAACAAUCUCCAAGGUGUUGGCUGAAAGGUUAAAGAAGGUGGUGCAUCUGGUUGUUAGUCAUGUACAAACAACUUUUAUCAAAAAGCCUUUUAUUCUUGAUGGCCCUUUGAUAUUAAAUGAAGUGAUAGCGUGGUUGAGGAAAAGUAAGAAGAAAGCUUUUGUUUUUAAAGUCGACUUUGAGAAGGCAUUUGACAGUUUAAGCUGGGAAUAUCUAGACUCAAUCUUACAGCAGAUGGAUUUCGGGGCUAAAUGGAGGGCAUGGAUCCAUGGGUGCCUAUCGUCAACAAGGGUAUCUAUUCUCAUCAAUGGGGCUGCGACGUCUGAAUUUGGAAUGGAGCGUGGGAUCAGACAAGGUGACCCGCUAUCUCCAUUCCUAUAUAUCAUAGCUGCUGAAGGAUUACAUAUUGUUAUGGAGAUGGCAAAAGAACAAGGAAUUUUUGAAGGUAUCCAGCUUCCUCAGCAAGGUCCGACCAUUUCACAUCUCCAGUAUGCUGAUGAUACCAUUCUCAUGGGAUCGUGGUCAUUUGAAAAUGCGAAGAAUCUGAUUAGAAUUCUAAGAUGUUUUGAACUAUCAUCGGGCCUCAAGAAUGCGGUUCUUUUGGGGGGUGAUUUGGAAUCAAGAAAGAUGUCAUGGAUUGCUUGGGAAAAGGUUCUUGCAGCCAAAGAAAGAGGUGGGAUGGGAAUAGGCUCUCUAAAGGCACAAAAUAUAGCUUUAUUAGGCAAAUGGUGGUGGAGAUUCAAAAACUAUCCUGAUAGCACAUGGGAUGAGGUGAUAAAAGCAAUUUAUGGCUCUACUGGCGGAUUUGAUAGACCCUCGAUAGCAAAGAGAAGGAAUGGAUGUUGGGGAACAAUUGCUAAUAUCCCUAAAUUGUUAGCAAAGGAAAAAGUGUCUUUUAUAGAACAUUUUAAGUUGUCAACCAAUACCAAUGGUCCAAUCAAAUGGGUUUGGUCUCUUGAGGCUUCUGGGGCAUAUUCAGUUUCAUUACUCAGGAAUCAUAUUGACAUUGUAAUCCUUCCUCUAAGCGAGAGUAGUUGGUCUUGGAACUCUCUAAUACUAGGAAAAUUGAAUAUUCUUGCUUGGCGAAUCUGUCACGGUAAACUUCCAUCCAUGGCCAACCUAUUUAAAUUUGGUAUUAGUUCAUCAAACUUGUGCAUAAUUUGCAAUGGAGCUCCAGAAACAGUGGAACACGUGUUCGUGGAUUGCCCAAUAUCAAAUGAAGUAUGGAAACAAGUAUGUACAUGGUGGGGGCUGUUGGACUAUCCUCUAAACUCGUUACGCGAUUUGUUAGAAUGUAAAGCAAGGCUCGAGGGUCACCAUAUGCUGGCAAAUAUCCAUGAGGGUAUAAUGUUGGUUUUUCUUUGGGUGAUUUGGAGAUACAGGAACUCUAUAGCCCAUUCUUCAAACCAAAAUCCAAAAUCACACAUGGCGCUGGUUUAUGAGGUACAAUUGUUAUCGCUUCUUUGGAUCAAUGCAAGAAAUAGAAAAGGGUAG